AUGCGCUCUCAGGGCUGUGGGCUCUCUGCGCUGUUGCUGCUGCUGCUGCGGCUGCUCCCGGGGCCGCUGCCCGGCCGGGCUGGCCCCGGAGCGUUGUCCGAGCUGCGGGUCCGGGUGCGGCUGCCCGAUGGGCAGGUGACGGAGGAGAGUCUGCAGGCGGACAGCGGCGCCGACUGCAUCAGCCUGGAGCUGCGCAAAGGGGACGGGACCCUCAUCACCCUCACCGCUGACUUCCGACAGGAGGUGAAGAUUUUCCAUGCUCUGAUCCUGGGGGAGCUGGAGAGGGGCCAAAGCCAGUUCCAGGCGCUCUGCUUUGUCACACGGCUUCACCGCAACGAGAUCAUCCCCAGCGAGUCCAUGGCAAAGCUGCGGCAGAAAAACCCCAAGACGGUACGGCAGGCGGAGGAGGUGCGUGGGCUGGAACAUCUCAACAUGGACGUAGCGGUCAACUUCAGCAAAGGGGCCCAGCUGAGCCCCCACAUUCACAACGUCUGCUCAGAGGCCAAAGAGGCUAUUUACACCCGAGAAGAAGACGUUAAAUUUUGGCUGGAGAAAGGGGUGGAUGGCUCCAUGUUCGAGGUCUUGCCGCAGUCGGCCGACCUGCCCGACUUGCAGCGCUGCAAGCUGUGCUUGGACCACUGGAAGCCCUGCAUCUGCAGCUACUCGCUGAGCAUCGAGUGGUACCCGUGCAUGCUCAAGUACUGCAAGAGCCGUGAUGCCAGUGGCAAGGUCUCCUCUUACAAGUGCGGCAUCCGCAGCUGCCAAAAGGGCUACAGUUUUGAUUAUUACGUGCCACAGAAGCAGCUGUGCCUAUGGGACGAGGAGACCUAGCAGGCCCUGGCCAGGCCUUUCCAAGCGGCAUCUCUUCUGCCUCCCGCUGUGACGCUCUGGGUGGAGCUGGCUGCCUGGAGGGGGAGAUGGGCCGUGGAGAUGCCUUGUGCCAUGAAGGAUUUGUGUAUGCCUCUUUCCUUCCCACUCCCCUGGGCGCCCUAAUGCUGCCUCACAUUGUGAAAACUGGCUCAGCUUGCCAUGUAUUAAGAGUGCCCUGCCCACCUCCUAUGGGCAUCACUCACCUAUGGCAAUCUGGGACCGGAAGGAGGUUGGGGGAGGAGUUUUCAUGGGGUGGAAGGGGUUCGUUUUGAUCUAGCAGGUUUGCCCAGCUCUGGGGAAGAGACGGAUGAGCUGAGGUGUCGGUGCCAGGAUAGAGCCUCUUCAAGGGGGGACCCAUUUUAACUGUAGCCUCUCCACCACCAAAAUGUGACCCUGGUGCUUUGUCUUAAAGCCACUAGACGAGGUGGAGCUCUGACCUCUUCCCUGCCUCUUGGACCUUCCAGCUAAACCAGAGCAGUGUUGGCCACCAAAGUGGGGCCAGAUGGUUUGUGGGGUCACUCCCAA